AUGACGAGUCAACCAACUACCACUGCUCCUGCACCAUUCAGAGGAUUAUACGAUGUCGAUGUUGAUGUUGAUAUGACCAGCACCAACAACAACAAUAACGCGCUACCUCUAUCAACAUCAGAGGUAUCAACUACGACCACAUCAUCAACUGAUGAUCAGAAACAACAACAACAAAGUUUAUCAACUUCUGAUUCUCCACCAAACAACAGUGGUAGUAAAGCAGCACCAACAACUACAACUACAACUACAACUACUUUGGUAAAGUCAUCUGGUUUAAAACUACCUCCAAGAAUACUUCAAUUGGCUGCAACUUUAAAGAAACAACAACCAUUAUUGGGUAGCAAGAAACCUGCUCCAUCCUUUACAUCAAAUAAUACUAGUACUUUUAACACCUCUUCGCCAACAUCUUCAUCGUCACCAUCCUCUUUUGGAUUUGGUGGUGGAAGAACAGAAUCACCCUCUACAUCAAUCAAUAUGUUUAGAUACGAUGAAGACGAUAUGGAACAGAAUAAUCAAAAUCAUCCUCAUCCUCCUCCUCCCGCACAUCACCAUCAUCAUAGAGGUGGUAGAAACAAUCAUGGUAAUAGAGGUGGAAGAGGUGGGGAUAGAGGAGGUGAUAGAGGUGGCGAUAGAGGAGGCGAUAGAGGCGGUGAUAGAGGAGGAGACAGAGGUGGCGAUAGAGGAGGUGAUAGAGGAGGUGAUAGAGGAGGAGAUAGAGGAGGCGAUAGAGGAGGAGAUAGAGGUGGUGACAGAGGAGGAGAUAGGGGAGGAGACAGAGGAGGAGAUGAUUAUCGCCACCAACAACCUCCACCACUUCCAAAUUACCAUGAUAUUUCUGGAGAUGAAGCUUAUCAAAGACGUGGUAGAAUGCAACAUAAUAAUAAUAAUAACAAUAAUAAUAAUCAACAACGUGAUUCUCGUGACAAUCGUGAUUCACGUGACUCUCAUCAUAACCGUGACUCUCAAAUACCGCCCAAUUGUAGUUCCCAUCCAACAAAAAUUAUUAUGAUAACAAAUAUUGCAUCAAGAGAUGUAAAGGAUGAUAUAGAAUAUGAAUGUAAAAAAUAUGGAAGAAUCAAUAAUACGAUUGUUCAUCCCAACCCAAGCAAGAAAAGAUCGUUUUCCAAUGACAAUAAUGACGAUUCCAUAAAGUUAUUUGUAGAGUACCUCUCGAUAGAUGCAGCCAUUGAUGCUUGUAAAGAUCUAAAUGACCGAUUCUUUGACAAGAGAAAAAUAACAGUCCACUUUUUUAAUGAAAAUCAUUAUUUUGAUAAACAAUUUGACUAG